AUAUGUCGUACAAAUAUUCAGAGCAGGUCAAUUUAUUUAUGCAGCGGUUAAGGAACACACGCUGCCCUCACAAUUUUUUAGAAUAUAUAUAUAUGUUGGGCUUCGAAAUGUGGAAGAAAUCUGGUUACUUGUAUUUUCUGCUAUGGAUUGGAUUAUGUGAGUGUUCAGUGAGGCAAAGAUAUGUUCGAGGAGACCAGGACAAUGCAAAUAAUUUAUACUUCCUUCGACGUGAAAUCCGACCACCUUCGCACUACCGAGUUCUUGACGUGUUCCGUGGAGAACCAAGGUCUCAUUUUCCUCGCCAGAAUGACGAUCCCGAGUGUGAAGUCGUAGAUCCACCUCCACCGCCCGUCCCCACGCCCAACAUCACCCUCUGGGACUUGCUGGAGGAUGGGAAGAACCAGCUCGAACUGAGUGACAAGUACACCGACGUCGUCCUCCUGAUGGGCAACACUGGUUCAGGGAAAUCCACCCUGACUCAUUUGACAGUAGGGAACGCGACAGGGCUGAGACUGGUCAUGAACCCCAGCGGUAAUUAUCUCAUCGUUGAUGACAAUGAUAAAAUUGGACACACCACGGCAUCUCGAACGCUCGUCCCGGAACUGGUCGUUGACAAGGACACGUCUCUCGCCAUCUACGACUGUCCCGGUUUCGACGACAACCGCGGUCCAGACACCGACAUCACUGCCAACUUCCUACUCAAAGCCGUGACAGACCAUGUUUCCAGCAUUUCCAUCGGUUUCGUCGUCAUCCACUCCUCCGUCUCUGGCACCAAUGACAAGACAGACUUUGACCGAAUGACGACCCAUGCAGUCAACCUGGUGAAGGACUUGACCCAUUAUGAGCCAGGAAUCGGGCUCAUAGUCUCCAAGGCGCCCAACUUCAACCCCAAUAACGGGAAGCCUAUCCCGGAUGAGGAAAUAUUGUCCGGCAUCGUGUCCUUCCUCAAAAUGUACAAAUCCGACCAGGAAGGAAAGCUCAACGACCUGCGUGUCGACCGAAAUUUAAUCCGGCGGAAAAUUGCCUUUGUCGACAUUCUUCUUCAAGAGGGCAGAAUCGGGUUCAUGAGGCUGGCCGCCAGAUGCGGUCGCUUGAGCGAUGACCCCGUCGCCAUGGCAACGAGAGCAACCUUGCAGAAACUACUCUCCAAAAAUUUGACCCUCGUCCAAUCCCAACCGAACGACUUUGGCUGGGCCCUCACUGGCAACACCCUCCUCAAAGUGAACGACUACGUGGAACAAAUCAACAAAAAUAUCUCUUCCCUCGGGAACACCCUAUUCCCCAAAGUUAGGAGAAUUCAAGGUGAAAGGAUGACAACAAUUUCAACCUUCAAUGAAACUCGUCACUUCAUCCACGCAGAAUUUGCACAAUUUUCCACUGCAUUGAAACUGAUUGAUCAGAACGCGACCAUUUCAUCUUCCCCGAAGCUGCUGGCUCAGGAAAUUCGACGCGUCCUACUCGACAGAGGUUACGACUCCCAGCUUGGAAACGACUACUACAACGCGCUUCACCAACUGGACGAGUAUCUCGAUUUCUUUGAGGACAUGGCCAAAAAUCCCAUCCAUCGUGACGUCCAAAGCUGGCUGAAACCGAUGAGAACCUUUGUUGACGACGAGACUGGCAAAAGGAACGAAUGGUACGAUUUCCUCGACUCCCUCCAAACGAAAUUGGGUGAAUACAGCUUCCAAAACGAGAAACCCAACAUUCUUGUUCCCACACAGCCAAACAUGGACUGGAUUCAUGACUCCCUAGGGAUUCCCGUGUCGUCUAGAAUUCGUGAAAUAUUCUCCACAAAGGACCUCCUCACUCAGGAGGACACCGAUCUGAUGAAAGUCAUCAUUGACAUCGCGAUGGAGCGAUCAUCCGUCGACUGCGUGGGUCAGGACACACUGAUCGUCCGUGGCGGCUACGUCCUCGCCUCAGAGUUCACCACUUCUGCCGGAAACUACGUCAAAUGCAGCGACCCAAAAGAUGUCCAAAUCUUUGCAACACAAGUCCUCUUCAUGAACCGAAAAAUCCAGCCAAACUCCUCCCAGAAAAAUCAUCAACUCUCCAUCAUUGCGCCAUUCACUGAAAUCACAACCACCGACCAAUUGUCCAUCAAUCUGGAUGGACGCGACGGAGCAAGUGGUGAAAAGGCAACCGAUAACACAAAUGGGGAUGUCGGCUUACCUGGAGAAAAUGGGGGCAGUUUUUUCUUCAUAACUGGCGCACUUUUCAAAGGAAAUAAUUUCAAAAUAUCCGCUUCCGGCGGAAAUGGCGGUCAUGGGUAUCGCGGAAUUGAUGGGAAACAAGGAGAUCAAGGUAAUCCAACCGUUUUCGACCUUUGGCCAGCCGCCUGUACUUGGCUCGGUGGUUUUUUCGAUAAGGUUGUAAACACUGGAAUCUACAAGUUCCAUGUGACCAAAUUUGGCGGACCUGGAGGAGAAGGAUUUCCGGGUGGAAAUGGUGGGGUCUCUGGACAAGGGGGAUUUUCCGGAAGAGCUGAGGUCCUCCAAAUAGACAAACUCUACCCGAAAGUCGAAAUUGCCAAAGAAAUUAAGAACGGGACGACCGGAACGGAUGGUGCUGGUGGGGUUGGCGGUGCCGGUGGGAAUACUGGGAACGGAUUGGAAGCAGAUAUGACAACAAAUAUCGAUUGUAUUUGGAACGGAUAUUCAAACCAUAAAUCAGUCCCAGGCUCUCAAUUCCAUGACAGGGAUGGCUCACCGGGAAAAAAUGGUUCUACUGGGGGGAAUAAAAUAGGUCAAAAGUUCCCCACUCAACCAAGCUUUUCUUUAAUAAGGUCCAAGCUCGUUAAUGAUUACAAGGCUUACGUCUAUUCCACCGAAAAGUCUCAAUUUCCCAACAAUUUCCUCCAAGUUUUAGAAGAAAAUGAAGAAAUCCAAGAGCUUUACAACCCUGUCGCAUUUUGCCAAGAAUUACUCGACCUCGAAUACUACUCUUUAUCCGUGAGAGACCAAAUGGACAAUCAGCCUGUUCUUUUAUCCAGAUAUUUAAAAUAUUUGACCAGACUGGAAACCUUCUCGUCCCUUCAUGAAUCCAAUUUAAAUAACAGUGACAAGAAAGUACUAGCCAUCCUCUACACCACUGCACUUUCAAAGAUCACCUCUCUCACGAAUCAACUCGGAUCCACCAUCGUUAUCAAUGUCGGCAACUACUUAAAAUCCGUUCUCAAACGGUUUGACCGCUACCAAGAAACCCAGACACAAGUCGUAAUCGAUGAACAAAGAAAAUCCUACGCAGCCGGAUACGAAGGAAAGAUAGAGCAGUCCCUCUAUUUUAUUGAAGAAGUCGUCACCCCGGGCAUCACACAGGUGGAAAUGGAACUUCAAUCCACCGCGGAUGACCUGCUCCGUCAAAUCAUAAAAAUGCAAACGGCCAUUGAAAAUGAAGAAUUCGAAAGGAAACAAGCCCUCGAAAAGAUGAACGAGCAAAUGGCUUUCCGUCAUUUAUUUUCUGCUCUCCGAAUCACCGCAACUUUCACCUCUUUCCUGGGUGCACAAGGUGCCGCGAUUGGGGGCCUUAUGGGAUCUCUCACCAACGUAGGGGAACAAUGGGCCCUUGGCGACUAUACGGGAAGUAGACCUCCAAUUAAUCUACCCCCAGCAAUUAAAGGACACGCGGAUCGAGUAGAGAAGGAAGCAAUGGAAGAAAGUAAGGAAAAGUUAGAGGAAUUAGUUGAAAUAAUUCUAGCCACGGAGAAAGGCAUCCAACAAAAUCCUGCCGUCUUAAACGAUUUGUCUGACCCUUUGAAGAAAUUGGAUGACUUGGUGAAAGAAUUAAAAGAAAACAAAGAUCAUUACGAUAUUCAAGUCUACGUCGACAAAACUGAACAAUUGACUCAGGCUGAGAAAACCCUGCUCAACUCCCUCGACAAGAAGGAAACAUCUCUCAAUGGCGUCAUUUCGUCACCAAGCUCAACCCCAAAAGAGAAAGAUGACGCGAAGAAAGGAAUUGAAUCCGUCACAGUGAUCAAAAACACCGCCACCGUGAUCAACCUUGGGCUCGACAUAUACAAAAAAUACCAAAAUGACGCCAAAGAGAUGGAGCGUCUCGCCCAAAUGGUGCGCGAAGCAGAGAAGGCCGUGGAGGAUGUCAAAGCCUACAAGGAAUCGGUCUACUCCUCGCUCAUGCCGAUGGUUGCAAAUAUUGCAGAAGAACUGCGCAACGUCACGGAAUCUCUCGGCAAAGAGUCCUCAGUUUCCUUACUCGUGACCAAAUGGGAGGUUCAGAGAAAUCUCAACGACGUCAAGUUUUUCCUCCGCCAAUUCACCGAAGGUCUUCCCCACCAAGAAAGGUUUUCCCAGUUGGUCGACAAACUCGCAGAGGCGAUGACCCUCCUCAUCGAGCUGUACGACUACAUCGAGACUUACAAUGAGCACAUGGCUUUUGCAGAUUACUUGGCCAAUAUCAAUUCUCCCUCGGCAAAAGGAAUUAUCAUAAAUGAUCCCGAAGCGGUCCGACUCAUAAACAAGAUUGAGUUAGCCUUGCAGUCAAACAUUCUUUUGAAAGAAUAUGAUCGUGCCGUGGACACGUUUAAACAAUGGAUUUUUCCAUUUGCUCACCUAUACAUGGAUGAUUUCACCCUGCCCGGAAACAUGUCAGACUUUCUGCUCCCAUCGUCCACCAUGAAUAAUACGGAUGAUUUAAUGUUCUUCCAAAUUCCUGUCCUCAAGGGGCGAAUUGUCAAUUUGGAUCAAAGAAUGGACGACUAUAAGUCCAUGAGUUUUGGAGAAAUUGACGCCAAAUUGAUCAAAUCUGAGUUUAAUUCUAGCUUUCAGUCCUCGCAUCCUUUCUUUGUUUGGGAAAAUAGGAGAGAUUUAGAAAUUAUUAGGACCUUGUUCUCAGGAGGCAAGGUUUCCGUCAGGGCAAAUCCAACCUAUUCAUCCUCCAGGUGGAAAAGUGCCGUCAAAUUUCGAGUCGCGGAAGUCGUUCCGAAAACGUUAAACGAUGAGGGGAAGGACGAGUUGGAAAAGGUGCUUAAAGGUUUCACCAUGAUCAUGACCCAUUCUGGGGUGAGCCACUACGUUUAUGGGGAUGAGGGGUACUCGAUGGUGGGAGAUAAUGCCACGUUGAGGUACAACUUUGAGAGAGACACGGCCGGAAAUCGUUUGGGGACAAAUAUGGUGUAUGAGAAGGUCAAGGAGGGUGAUUUCAUCAUGAGUCCGUACACCUUGUGGACCCUGCAACUUAUUAAAGCGAAUGAAAACGGGGUGGGUUUCGCAGCUUUGGAGGAAUGGGUGGAUCAAGUUGACUUGGAGUUGGUGGGAGUGGGAACAUUUGUGGAUGAGAGGGUCCACUUUAGGGAUCGGAAGGGGAAUGGGAUGCAAGUUUAUCGAUACUAUCAAGAAGAUCGAGAUAAUUUUUAAACGAGGGAGGGAGCGUACCAUCAGAUUACGUACACCUUUAAUGAAAAGCGUAGAAUUUAAGAUAUUGGUUAUAAUUUAAAUACAAAACUUGUUUAAUGUAAAAUAUCAGAAUGUGCAAAAAAUCAACAAAUAGUCAAAUUAUAUAUGAUAGAGAACUGAUUAUUAUAAUUAUUCCAAGUAUAUAACUUUUUAGUUUAAAUACAGUACAAUACAAUCUUGCAUUAGUAUUGUUCAUUUCAAAAACCAAGACAAAUAAUGAAUUGAAUAUUUGAUUAAGAAAUUUCCUGUGAACAAUGUAGACAUUUUUCUUCAGGUAAAUGCAUACAAAUGCAGUUGCUUCGUUAGCUGAACAUGUUUUCAUUACUGUAUCCUGGUUGAAAAAUUGGCAUCCUAAUUGCUUCUUCGUACUCAGGUGGUGGCGUGUCUGAAAUAAAAGACAUUAUACUUAAUCUGCA